AUGGAAAAUCCUGCAACCUAUUUUGAACCAUUGGAUUUGAUGGUAAUCUCACAAAACAUCAAACAAGGAUCCGACUUCCUCCAUGCCCUUGAAGCUUUGCAAGAUAGAUAUUACAAUCUUGUUUUAGUUCUGUCUCAUGAGCUCUCAACAACUACUGAGCUACCUAUUGUAUACUGGGAAUGUCUUUUGAUGUAUCUACAUCAUGGAAGAGACCACGACUGGUAUUAUGAUCAAGGAACCUUCCAAAGGCUUGUACAUAAGCCCAAGAGCAUAGAGGAGACUGGUCAUCUUCCUAAAGGAAUUGUUCAUGUGUAUUCCGGAGAUGAUAAUUGCUGGGCAGGGUCUGAUAUACUCGUCUUCUGGAAUGCCGAGGACUCAAUCAAUAGAGUUUAUGAUCUUUAUUGCCAUAUCAAUCGUGCCUUGAACACCAAGGGUUAUCUUGGUAAGGUGUCAAUCAUGGCGUAUACUGACAAUAAAGAGUUUACAAUCCCUUACGGGUCUUAUGCCCUGGAAAAAUUAACCAAAGGAGAUGAUGGAUACGCCAAAGUUACUAGGAUGUUCUUGGACAUGCUAUUCCUUGUAAUGAACAAGGAUGAGCCUACUCAUUUCAUUAUGAUCUCCAGACCUUCUCAAUACAUCAUGACUAAGUGGGCCAAUGUCGUUCGACCGUUAGAAGCCAGAGGUUCCAAUGUGAUCCUUGGAGCCUCUGAUGCGAUCCAAUUACCAUUCUCCAUUGACAGCUUAAUACGUCUUUGCAAAGACGGACCACGUUUUUCUUGA